CUGAAAAUGUAUUUGUUUCAUUUGACAUCACUGUCAAUUUAAUCUUUGUUUUUCUUUCCGCAUUUUCAUUGAGGUUGCCAUAUUAUUUUCUGUUAAGGCUUAGUUAUUAAUUACUUACGAUGAUUGAUUUAACAUAUUAAAGAAAUUUCUUUCGAAGAUGAGUUGGUACUUUUUUACUUAUAAUAACUAUUUCAAAAAAAAAAAUAUUUUAACAAUUUUACAUAGCAAUUCACAAAAACUCGAACCCAUCACAUCGCCACAACACAUUUGGGAUCUUCGUGUAUACAGCCCUUAGUAGAACAUCUUGAAUCAUCGAAUUUCGAAGUUAGAAAGAAUGUAAAUGUGGCGGUUGAUAGGUAAACAAAGAUUUUGCCUAGAAUUCAUUUUCAGAUAAAAAGUUUAAGCAAACAAUUUGCCGGUGAUGAAAAGUGCGUUAAUAAAAAAUAUUUCGAAAAACAUAGAGUAGAUUAGAAAUGGCGACCGUUAAAGUGAAUAGCAACGGAAGCAAAACCUCAACGGAUUCUGAUAAUCCAACUGAAUUGCGGAUUCUUUGUUUUGAUCUUACCAACUACAAUCGCACCACUCAAUUCCUUUUGAGCUGUGCAGGUGUUUUUGUGCUAUAUCUUAUAUAUGGGUAUCUGCAGGAACUAAUUUUUACGGUUGAAGGUUUUAAACCAUAUGGAUGGUUUCUCACACUUGUACAAUUCGGAUAUUACAUUUGUUUCGGUGUAAUUGAACGUGAUUUAGAAACUAGACGUAGAGCUCAGCUACUACCAGGAGGUAGUGUUGAGACAUCAGAGCGUCGUAUACCAAUGCGUACUUAUUUUCUACUUGCCGCACUAACGCUCGGCACCAUGGGGCUGUCUAAUUCUAGUCUGGGCUAUCUUAACUAUCCCACACAGGUGAUAUUUAAAUGUUGCAAAUUGAUACCAGUGUUGGUGGGCAGUAUUUUGAUACAAGGAAAGCGUUAUGGGCCACUUGAUUUUGCUGCCGCGUUCGCCAUGUGCAUUGGUCUGGCCUGGUUUACGCUAGCCGAUUCGCAGGUCUCUCCGAAUUUCGAUCUCACCGGCGUCGCAAUGAUAUCAGCGGCACUGCUUUGUGAUGCAGCUAUUGGAAAUGUACAGGAAAAGGCAAUGCGGGAACAUCAUGCAUCCAGCAGUGAAGUUGUGCUUUAUUCUUAUGGAUUAGGAUUUAUUUACCUAUUGGUUAUACUGAUGGUAACCUGUAAUUUUUUCAGCGGUUUCGCUUUCUGUCUUGAACACAUUUUGGAAACUUUUGGCUAUGGCUUCUUUUUCAGUUUAUCCGGUUACCUUGGCAUACAGUUUGUAUUGGCUUUAGUGCGAAGCAGUGGCGCACCUGUAGCUGCAACCGUGACGACAGCAAGAAAAGCGGUAACGAUUGCAUUAUCGUUUGCUUUCUUCAGCAAACCAUUUACAUGGCAAUACCUGUGGUCGGGUAUAAUAGUGGUAUUGGGCAUAUAUUUGAAUGUGUACAGCAAAAAUCACAAAAUGACUAUGCGCGAUUUUCAACAAAAGUUGAAAUAUGCGCUUAACGCUUUCCGAGGUUGGGAGCGAUCUACAAGUCGCAAGUUCUUAGUAGAAGUUUAAACGUGUGAAAUUUCUAUAUCUUGUACAUUUAAAGGUACAAUAAGUAAAUUUGUAAAUGUUUGUUACUAUUACGAUACCAAAAUUAGUGUAAUAAUUGCAAGUAGUUUGAUCUGACAACAACCACUUUUUAGCUGUAGUUUUGAUUUUAGCCCGUAGUGAGUAAUGUAAAAUAAUAAUAAAUAAUUAAAAUAAUAGUUAUAUAUGAAAUUUAUUAAAAUAUAAAUUUUUCAUACAUAUACACAUGUAUGUACUAGCAAUCAAUAAGCACCUUAUUAUGCUUUAUUUAGUUGAUAUUUCACAUAAUUAUGUAUGAAUGUACUAUUUUUCUUAUACUUGUAGUCUAUAAUGGGUGUAAAUAAAAACAAAAAUCCUUACAAAUUAAA